CUUUUUUUUUUCUUCAUAUACAAAUAAAGAUUAACGAUGGGCAUUCUGUUUAGUAAUUUAUGGAAUAAGCUAUUUUCGAAAACUCAAGUAAAGCUUAUUAUUGUUGGCUUAGACAAUGCUGGUAAAACAACCAUUCUAUAUAAAUUAUUGAUGAAUCAAAUUGUAACAACUACUCCAACUAUUGGUAGUAAUGUUGAAGAGGUUGAAUAUAAAAACUUAAAAUUCCUAAUGUGGGAUAUUGGAGGCCAAGAAUCUUUACGAAGUACUUGGAAGACCUAUUAUAUAGAUACAAAGGCAGUUAUAAUGGUAAUUGACAGUACAGAUGUUAAUAGAUUACAUUUAGCAAGACAAGAAUUACAUCAGAUGAUGGAAAGCGAUCAAUUACAAAACACUAGUUUGCUAGUAUUUGCGAAUAAACAGGAUGCAAAGGGUGCUUUAGGAGCAGCAAAAAUAUCAGAUGCAUUAGGUUUAAGUAAACUUAAAGAUAGACAAUGGCAUAUCCAGGCAUGCUCUGCAUUGACAGGAGAAGGUUUAUAUGAAGGACUGGAUUGGGUUGUACUACAAAUAGCUGGAUCAUAAAUAAAUGACUAUAAUAAUAAAAUUGACAGUGUAGAAGAUAAUUAUCAUUUUUGACAGUUUUUUUUUUCUUUUCUACUUAUAGAAUAAAC